AUGGCAGAGGAGGCCAAGUUGGAGGAGCAGGCGAACCGCCUUGAGGACGUCAUGAAACUCCAUAGAGGACUGGCGAAGCUGGAGACGACGCUGAAGAAGGACGACGAGGUGGUGAAACGAGCCCAAGCCUACAACAGUCUGUCGUCCACCUUGCUGCGGUUGGAGGACGCCCUGCUCAGCGCCCGGGGCGCGGGCGCCGAGCUCCAGGCACUUCGCAAGGCAGCCGAAGAGGCCGGCGAUCACUUCGUGGCCGAGCUUGUGGCCGCCAUUCCGCCCAGUUCCGUCGAGCUCCUCUCCCGACCGCAGCCAAUGCCCACGGAGCCAACCCUGCAGCACCACCUCAAGAAGAAGAUCGACGACUUCGCAGCCGCAGCAUUCUUCCCUCCCUCGUCCGGCUUGCUGGCGGCGGUGUUGGGGCAGGUGUUCCGGCAGUUCUACAUCCUCGACGGCCAGAGUGUGGAGAUGCCCAAGGAGUCGCAGGCAGCCCGCGACUUACGCCUUCUGGGCCGCGCCGCAUCCAGUGGCGAAGUUCGCGAGGCCUUGCCUCUGCUGGGAGCUGUGGGUGGUACGGCACGGGGUCACGUGCAGGCGUGGCGCUUGCAUGGAUGA